AUGGCUUUCUUCUUCAGCAAUUCGAAGGGCGUGGCAGACCUCGAGAGGCUAUCGAUGGAGUCCACUCCCCGACACCACAGCAGUCGAUCAUCGUUCGGCUCGCCCUACGUGAAUCGCUCCCUCUCCAUCCGCUCCGGCAAGUCCACACCCGGGCCGCCGUCGUCGACGCACGGCCGCAAGGGCUUCUCCUUCGCCUCCCUCCGCGGGUCGACCCAGCCCGAGCUUAGCAAGCGGCUGUACCGGCUGAUCAAGUCGACCAACAACCUGGUGUCGUCGCACGAGGCGGCGGGCAAGGAGCGCGACACCAUCGCGCGCGAGCUGUCCGAGUGGGGCGAGCAGACGCAGGACGACGGCGUGUCCGACGUCAGCGACAAGGUCGGCGUGAUCCUGUCGGAGCUGGGCGUGCAGGAGGAGAACUACGCCCACGGCAUCGACGAGGCCCGCGGCGUGCUCAAGACCAUCCGUAACACGGAGAAGAGCGUCCAGCCCAGCCGCGACAACAAGGGCAAGAUCGCCGACGAGAUCCAGAAGCUCAAGAUCAAGGAGCCCCAGAGCACGCGCCUGGUCGUGCUCGAGCAGGAGCUCGUGCGGGCCGAGGCCGAGAACCUGGUUGCCGAGGCGCAGUUGACGAACGUCACACGCAAGAAGCUGAAGGAAGCUUACGACGCCGAGUUCCUAUCGGUCAUCGAGCGCGCCGAGAAGCAGAUCAUCCUCGCUAAGCACGGGCGUCGUCUGCUCGACCUCCUGGACGACACGCCCGUCACGCCCGGUGACUCGCGUCGCGCAUACGAGCACGGAGGCACGGCCCGCCAGGUCCUCAAUGAUGCCGAAGACGACUUAAAGGCAUGGGAUAAGAACCGUGACGACGACCACAGAGCGUGGGGCAAGGGUCGCGACGACAGCGUGAGAUCAGCCAACGACGGCUCGAGAUACGACGACGGCGGGAGACCAGUCAACGACCGCGUGAGAUCAGUCAACGACGGCGGGAGACCAGUCAGCAGCGACUAUGGCGAGACAGAUCAAAUCGUUGGUAAGGCUCAUAUUGGAAACCACUGUGCUGAGGGAGGUGAGCCUGGUGAGGCGCCUACUAUGGCGGGGGCUCUUGGGUACUCUGCUAACAGCGGUGCCCAAGCAGAUGAUGAGAAUGUAAACCCCACCAUAGCCGCUGCGCGCGAGAUGGAAAAUGUCGAGCUGGUCAAAUAG